AUGGGGCUGAAUGCGCGCGUUCCAAGUACGUGGUUGUGCCCGACGUGCAAAGCGGCGGCGCCUCGGCGGGACAACUCCGACAAUACGCCGGUGAAGCCAAGUGGAGCCGGCGAGGAGGAUGUGCCGCUGGAUCAGCCGCUAGAUGUCGCUGUACAGCUGAGCUUGCUGCGUGCUGACUUCGGCUCUGUGCGCGACGAAGUUGCAGGCCUACGCGUAGAGGUGGCGCGCUUCAAUGAUCUCCUUGGCAGUGUCACCGGCCGUCUAGAUGUCUUGGAGGAGAAGGUUAGGCGGUUGGAGGAGCGACCGGUGGAGCCUGUUGUCGUAGAGGUAGGCGACAGCUCGCCAUCCGCGGCUACGGUGGAGCUGCGGCAGACAGUGGAGCGCCUUCAGCUUGAGCUGAACGACCGCGACCAGGACGCUUUGCUGUCCGACCUCGACAUAGGCCACGUCCCGGAAAUAAAGGGAGAAAGCGUUGUCCACACAGUCACCGUCCUUGCGGCCAAGUUAGGUGUGACCUUGGAGCAACGGGACGUCGUAUUCGCCGAACGAGUGGGUGCGGCGGACCGACGGGCCGGGGAGGGGGCCGAAGGCGAGGCCGGGGGCCGGCCGCGUCGCGUCGUCGUGAGGCUGGCGCGGCGGCAGCUGCGCGACGAACUGCUGCAAGCCGCCCGGGUGCGGCGCAACUUCACCUUCACCGACGACAGCCUGCCGGGGCCUCCGCGUCGUGUCUUCGUCAACGAGCGCCUCACACGCACCAACCGGCUAUUAUUUCAUAAAGUGCGCGAGUUGUGUAGGCAGCACCAGUGGAGGUUCUCGUGGACGAAGAGGGGCCGCAUUUAUGCCCGGCAAGGAGAGGGAAAGCCGGCUUGCCCCAUUCGCUCUGAAACGGACAUAGAGCGUGUUUUUGGUACCAGCUCCGUCUGA